CAACAGUGUACCGGAACGCAGAGUAUAGUUCCUCAAACAAUUGUCCAAAGCUAAAAAAACACAGUUUCAAAGUUGAAUCAUUCUCUCGAUAAGAAGUAGAGCCCCCAUCGCCUUGUGUUAUUCCCCGUCUCGUGGAAGUCACACAGAGAGAGAGCGAAAUCGAGAGGCUUGUAAUCUCUGCCGUUCAUCAGGUUGACAUUACCACUUCAAGGUAGAAUCCAACAAGCAUUAACCCAUUCCGAAACGAAGACAAACUGGAGAUAGUUAGUUCCCCGUAAGCCGCAACUCGCAGGAUCCAGUCGUAGUGAUCUCCAUUGGAGAACCCAGAAGGGCACGGAAGAAAUACAGAGCAUAGACCGAGAAAAACCCAUACUUUGUCAAAAAGACAAAACCCUCAAGAUUGUGCGAAAUUAAGGCGGACUUCAUGAUCACAUACUCUCGGGUCUAGAGAGAGUUGCACAAUGAUCAACACAUCAAACGGAAAGAUUUCAACCUCGUCUUCGUUGGCGAACGCGCAAUCGCCGGGGCUCAAGACCUAUUUCAAGACCCCAGAGGGCCGUUACAAGCUCCAGUAUGAGAAGACCCAUCCUUCCGGUCUCCUCCACUAUGCCCAUGGAAAAACCGUUACUCAGGUAACCCUGGCACAUCUCAAGGACAAGCCUGCCCCAUCAACCCCGACCGCCUCAUCUUCAAGCUUCAGUGCUAGCAGUGGAGUACGUUCAGCAGCAGCUAGACUGCUGGGUGCUGGUAAUGGGAGUCGUGCGCUUAGCUUUGUUGGAGGUAAUGGUAGCAGUAAAAGUGUUGGUGGGAACAGCAAGGCUGGGUCAUUGGGUUCUUUGAAUUCAAGCAAUUUGAUAACUACCACAAAUUUUGAUGGGAAAGGAACUUACCUGAUCUUCAACGUCAGUGAUGCUAUAUUUAUUAGUGAUCUGAACUCUCAAGAUAAGGAUCCAAUUAAAUCUAUCCAUUUUAGUAAUUCAAACCCAGUGUGCCACGCCUUUGAUCAGGACGCAAAGGAUGGCCAUGAUUUGCUUAUUGGGUUGAAUUCUGGUGACGUCUACUCAGUGUCACUGAGACAGCAAUUACAGGACGUUGGAAAGAAGCUUGUGGGGGCUCAGCAUUACAACAAAGAUGGUUCUGUUAACAUUAGCCGUUGUGCUAGUAUUGCAUGGGUGCCUGGAGGUGAUGGCGCUUUUGUUGUUGCUCAUGCAGAUGGGAAUUUGUACGUGUAUGAAAAGAGCAAGGACGGGGCAGGUGAUUCUUCAUUUCCUGUCAUCAAAGACCCAUCUCAAUUUUCUGUUGCACAUGCACGUUACAAUAAGAGUAAUCCUAUUGCAAGAUGGCAUAUUUGCCAAGGUUCUAUCAAUAGCAUUGCUUUCUCAUUUGAUGGGGCCUACUUAGCAACUGUUGGAAGAGAUGGUUAUCUCCGUGUUUUUGAUUAUAUAAAGGAACAACUUAUCUGUGGUGGCAAAAGCUAUUAUGGUGCUCUUCUAUGUUGUGCUUGGAGCAUGGAUGGAAAAUACGUUUUGACUGGUGGUGAAGAUGAUUUAGUUCAAGUUUGGAGCAUGGAGGAUAGGAAAGUUGUAGCGUGGGGUGAGGGGCAUAACUCAUGGGUCAGUGGAGUCACUUUUGAUUCGUAUUGGACAUCACCAAAUUCAGAUGGCUCUGGGGAGACUGUCAUGUACCGAUUUGGAUCCGUUGGUCAGGACACACAGUUGCUUUUGUGGGACCUGGAAAUGGAUGAGAUUGUGGUGCCACUACGUCGAUAUACGGGUGGAUCUCCUACUUUCAGUACUGGAAGCCAGUCAUCCCACUGGGACACUGUUUCCCCAGUUGGGACUCUCCAACCGGCUCCAAGCAUGCGAGAUGUUCCUAAGCUCUCUCCUUUGAUUAUGCACCGAGUUCACACCGAACCCCUCUCUGGUUUAAUAUUUACCCAGGAAUCUGUACUUACUGUUUGUCGAGAAGGGCACAUAAAGAUCUGGAUGAGGCCUGGGGUCGCAGAGAACCAAGCAGGCGAUCCUGAGAACGUGCUAAGUACCAGUUUGAAAGAGAAAACACUGCCAUCUAGCAAGGUCGGUAGUUCUAGUUAUAGGCAAUGACCAAAUUGUCUAUAAGAUGGAUGCAAAACCGUCGUCUUUUCAUGGAGUUGCUACUGGUUGUUCUUGGGAUCGGGACUGCAGAAUGUAACCCGAUUGUUGUGAGAUUAACCAAUUACUAGUUUCCUUGUACAUUUUGGGUUAAAGAUGGCAUGACGACGGUAUUAGAGUUUGUGAGGACGAGGGAAGCUCCUUUGUAAGUACAAAACGGCUGUUGGUAGGAUAUAUAUUUAAUUAUUGACACAAAUAAUGUGAAGUUGCUUCUCUGAAAUUUGUAUUUCUCAGAGGUUGCAUGAGUGCUGGUUUCUUUCUAUAACUGCUGGAAUCUGAACUUGGAAAUUUUGAGGAAGAAUAAAUAUGGCGUAUGGAUA